AGGGAGGGGCCACAUACUACCUCAAAAGUGAAUCUUUUUUUUGUAAAAGGCGGGACAAUAAGAGAAGGAAUGGACAGCAUAUACAUGCUAUAGUCAAUCUCAGACUGACACAGCGAGGAGAAAGACAGCUUUUAGUGAUAGGAGCUUAGAAACGCCAGGAUAUAGGAUUGACUGCAUACAACAGUUACAACAUCAAUGAGAGCUAAUUAAUCCAAUAGGGAUCGAAAAACGUCUGCCAUGGCGCUUCUACGACCGUUUGCACUUCUUCUAGCAUUAUUGAUCGUUUUCAACACACCAUGCAAGGUUGCAGCAGUAGAAGUAGAUAUUGCUAAAGUAGGCUCUAACUAUUCUUCAAAGUCAUCAGCCACUGAAACCUCAACCAACGUCACCACUGCGACCAUCACUACAUUACCUAUUGUCAUCUGGAAAUGGCAUCACGUAGAAACUCCAUACCUGGUGGCCCUAUGGAUAUUGACCUGCUGGCUCUGUAAAUUAGUGUGUGAACUAAACCAUAGUUUCACCAGUGUGAUCCCGGAGAGUGGUCUUCUCAUCAUGAUGGGCUUUAUUUUGGGAGGAAUCGUCUGGGGAGCAGACAAGGCGCAGACUUUCAAACUGCUCCCCGUCAACUUCUUCUACUACUUGCUGCCCCAGAUCGUCCUGGAUGCAAGUUACUGCAUGCCAAACAAACUAUUCUUCAGUAACCUGGGUGCCAUUCUUGUCCAUGCCGUUAUCGGAACGUGUUGGAAUGCGGGCACAGUGGGCGUCGCUUUAUGGGCUUGCUAUGAGGGGGGCGCAAUGGGGACCCUGAACAUCGGCCCUCUGCAGUUCCUGUUGUUUGGUGCUCUGAUGUCCGCUGUGGACCCGGUGGCCGUCAUUGCCGUGUUUGAGGAAGUGCAUGUGAAUGAAGUGCUCUACAUCCUGGUGUUUGGAGAGUCACUACUCAACGAUGGUGUCACAGUGGUGCUUUAUAAUGUGUUUGAUGCUUUUGUGUCUCUGGGAGGCCCAAAGAUCAAUGCUGAAGAGAUCAUCAAAGGAAUAAUUUCGUUCUUUGUGGUGGCAUUUGGAGGCUCGUUGGUUGGCGUUGUGUUUGCCAUUCUGAUAUCCAUGCUGACCAGGAUCACCAAAAACGUCCAGGUCAUCGAAGCCGGCUUCAUCAUUGUGCUUGGCUAUCUGUCUUACUUGACGGCUGAGAUGCUCUCCCUCUCUGCUAUACUUUCGAUCACUUUCUGUGGUGUCUGCUGUCAGAAGUAUGUUAACGCCAACAUGGAUGAGAAAUCGGUCACGACGUUACGUUAUAGUCUGAAGGUGUUGGCCAACGGCUCUGAGACCAUGAUCUUUGUCUUCCUGGGAGUUUCGGCCAUUGAUAAAAACAUCUGGGUUUGGAACACUGGCUUCAUCCUCCUUACAAUCCUCUUCAUCAUUGUAUUCAGGUUCAUGGGUGUUUUCUUCCUCAACUGGAUCUUAAAUCAGAGUCGACUAAUUCCUAUUGACAUCACUGACCAGAUUGUAAUGAGCUACGGUGGUCUUCGAGGAGCAGUGGCAUAUGGACUCGCAGCUGUUUUGGAUGAGGCUAAGAUCCCAGAGAAGAAUUUGAUGCUUGGUACAACACUCAUUGUGGUGUAUUUCACAGUCGUUCUUCAGGGAAUCACCAUGAAACCAUUUGUUCAGUGGCUGAAGGUUAAAAAGGCAACUAUAUCAGAUCUGACACUCAAUGGAAAAAUAAACAACAGGACUUUUGAGCACACACUAACAGCAAUGGAGGACAUCUGUGGCCGAAUGGGAGAUAACUGGUGGACCAGACAUUGGAAACAUUUUGAAGAAAAGUAUGUCUGCUGGCUAUUAAUGAAUAGCGAUGCCAGAAAGCACAACGACAAUAUAUUUGGUGCCUUCCACAAACUCAAUCUUGAGGACGCCAAAAAAUAUGUCACUGCGGGUGAAAGCAAAGGUUCUUUGGCUUUCAUUCGUAAUGAUGACAAUGCCUCUGUAGACUUCAAGAAGAAGCUUGCAUUAGAGUAUGGAGAUGUUAUGCCUGACAUCAUGUAUGACAUGUCAGAAUAUGACUUUGGCAUUGACAAUGUUCCAGUGACCUCUGUCAUGAAGAACCAGAUUCCAUCAGUAUCCCUGGAUAUCCAUGAGCAAGACAGGGGGAGCAUGCCUGGUGACCUCAAUGCCCAUCAUAUACUAGAUCAGCACCUGUACAAGAGUAGAAGAUUUAACCGUCCCACUUACAGUCGUAGUCACUAUAAAUCCUCAGAGAAUCCAGACGAAAUGCAGGAGAUCUUCCAGAGAACCAUGAGAAGCCGUCUUGAGUCCUUCAAAUCAGCUAAGAUGGGUGUCAACCCUGCUAAGAAACUCUCCAAACAUCCCAAGAAGGAUUCCACUCAUAAGCCUAAUGGAAAGCCAGCGGACCCAAACAGAACCUAUCCAUAUGGAGAUGAAGAUUUUGAGUUUUCUGCAGACAGCGCCUCUAGCAGUGAGAUUGGUCAUUUCCCUAGAAGCACAAAUGCACCUGGAGCUGGUGUAGAUAAUCCAGCAUUCAUACCUGAGAUGGACAACUCUGCACCCACACGAAACCCACCCUGGCAAACAGUGACCGGGAACAACGCGGCUGUGGCACCUUCCCAGAGAGCUCCGGGACGACUGCCCUGGGAGCCCACCAACCUGAGACCGCUGAGAAGAAGUACCCGCUCCACAGACUCCAUCGCGAUGGCUAAUGCUUCAGUUGAUGAUGAGGCACCUGAAGAAAAGCCCGGAAAAAAUCAUACUAGAUUGUAAUCUGAUAUAUUUUCAUUCACCAACAUUAACCUGCCAAAAAAGCGAUUAGGUUAAUCCUUUCAUUUUAGGCUGUUAUUAUGUCAUGAGCCCAGAGAUUAAGGAAUCAUAUAGUGUUGAAUCAUAGCAUUAUAUAUCUCAUAUAUCUUUAAAGACUGAUAUAUAUAUAUAUAUAUAUAUAUAUAUAAUGCCACAAACUAAAGCAAGUGACUUGAAGUCAUGCUGGUACGACUUUGGUCUCUGAAAUGUUUUACCUAGUUAUAUAUAUAUAUAUAUUUAAAAAUCACAAAGGGAAGGAAGAGAAUAAAUACGGAUUUAGCAGACAAAUGGUCACUGAAGUACUUAGGUUAGUUGUUAUGGAAUGUUCUUGAGGGGCUUCUUUAUACAAGCCCACAUUUUUGUGGAAGCUAUUAUGGCACUUAAUUGUAUUUACACCAUCCUAGCACAUUUACAAAUCUUUCCUCCAAUGUGAAACUAAAAAUACAAAACCAUUAUAGUCAUCUAUACAUGAUUUGUCAGAGUGCCAAAUCAGAACUGUUUAGCAAUUGUCUGUCGGUUCUAUGUUCAGGUGCAUCUUGAUAUUUUUUUUGACCUUUGACAAGUUGGUCUAUAAUGUUAAAUUUAACAUGUUGCAUAUGGUUAUUUAUUAUUAUAUGAUUAUUCUGUGGGUGCUUCUUUGUAGUAUCACAAUAUCUGUUUCUGCAUUUCUUUAUCUUACAAUGAUUUAUUUUUGAGUUUGACUCAAAGCUAUUCAUGUUUUAUUAGUAGAACGAAGACCAUUAAAAUGUAAGUCAUUAAAAAUAAUAGUUUAACAGUAACAUAUUAAUGUAUGAAUUUCAUGCUUUAUGAGAACUGGUGAAAUCUGUAACUUGUAGUGUCUGAUAAAACCUGAAUUUGCACUGUAAUGUUGUUUGAGUAAUACAAUUUUAAUUGUUGCAAAUAAAAAAAAAUUAUUUUGCUUCAAAGAG